CAUUGUGCAUCUGCGCAUGCGCGUGCCCGACGAUUUCUUGGCGAUUGCAAGUAUGGCGGACGACGACAAGACUCCAUCAAAGAACUCCGAAAUACCAUCGUAUGGAAAUGUUAUAAUUACACUCGACAAUGUUCUUAUUCCUGACGCAAAACUUUCACAAACUCCUUCUGCCAACGAUGGACUUGAUAUGGAGACGGAGAUGGAUCUGAGAAUCCUUGGAUGUGAAUUCAUUCAGACGGCUGGUAUUCUUCUCAAACUUCCUCAGGUUGCAAUGGCCACUGGACAAGUACUAUUUCAAAGGUUCUACUACUCAAAGUCAAUGGUUAAGCAUAAUAUGGAGACAGUUGCCAUGGCUUGCAUUAACCUGGCUUCAAAGAUAGAAGAGGCACCGAGGAGGCUGAGAGAUGUUAUCAAUGUGUUCCAUCAUAUACGACAGAAAAGGAACAAAAAAGCCGCUGAACCUAUUAUAUCUGACCAAAAAUAUAUCAACCUGAAAAAUCAGGUGAUCAAGGCUGAACGAAGAUUACUGAAGGAGCUUGGCUUCUGUGUCCAUGUCAAGCAUCCACACAAGAUGAUAGUGACGUACAUACAGGCCUUGGAGUGUGAGGAGAACACUCAACUUGUCCGUACAGCAUGGAACUACAUGAACGACAGUCUUCGGACAGAUGUCUUUGUUCGCUACUCACCAGAGACGGUGGCUUGUGCUUGUAUAUCUCUGUCUGCGAGACAAAUAGGACUACCUCUACCAAGUAACCCACCUUGGUAUGGAUUAAUGGGAGCUAAAGAUACUGAUGUUGAAGAUAUCUCCCUCACCAUACUCAGAUUGUACACUAGGACAAUUAAAAGCUAUGAAUUCUUGGACAAGAAGGUAGAGCGAUGUCGUAUGAUCAUCCAGGAAGCUAAACUCAGGGCCAAAGGUCAACUGACGGAGUCUGGAGCCAACAGCCAGGCUGGGACCCCUAGUAGCUUCUCACCUCACACAUCAAGACCAAAUUCACCAAAAGCGAACCACGAGUCUCCAGGUUUACCUAGGAUGUACAAAGUCAACUCCAAUUCUAUCAAGGAAGAACCUCACUCGGGAUCAGCCGGAAGCAACAAAAGCAGAGAAAAUGGUAAAGUGGACAAGCACAAGAGAAGCCCAUCUUCAUCUAUCUCUAGCAGAAGUCGUCGGUCUUCAAGUAGAGGUCGUAGAUCAGACAGCCGUGACUCGGUUGUGGAUAGGCAUUCGUCACGAGAUCGAAGUUCACGUAGCAGAAGCACCUCCCCUCGCAAUAAUCGCAAACGACAAUCCAGCAAGCGCAAGAGAGACGACCACAAGCGCGGCCGACGAGACCGCUCCUCCAGUCCCAAACACCGGCACAGCCACAAGCAGAAGCGUAGCCGGACGCCACCCCGAGGGUAUGGCAGCCGGAGCAGAUCGAGGUCGCGUAGUCGGUCGCGAGAGCGUCGGCAUAAGCACCACUAUAGUCCAUACAAUGACUCUGCCAAAGAAUCUCACUCCCGUCAUAAAAGCAGGAGUAAACAUAGAAGGGAGCGGUCCAGAUCCCGCUCUAGAUCGCCGAUUGCGCGUUCUCGCAAAUCCAAAAGAGACUCUGGUCGAUCCCAUGCCAAUGACCAUCGGAGAAGAUGACAUCCGUUUAUUACUGUGCCUUAAAUAAUGUUUUAUUAUCAGUGUUAAUCCAAUUUAUAAUGUGUACGUAAAAUGUAAACAGGAUUGUCUUUAUACUACAGUACCAGUUAUACUUAAUGUAAAGAUUUUAUAUGAAGAGAAAAAGGUAGCGUCAAUAUUACAUGUUGACUUGUGAAUCGUCAAAUUGCUCAGGAGGAACUUACUGUUUGUGUGUUCAAAGGAUAUUGAAGACAAGUUUUUUUUAUAGAAUGGUAAUUGACAUGCAUGUGCUUAUAAGAAAGGAAAUGGUAAUUAAAAGGGGGUGCAGCUUUGAAGUGGAUCCUUCAUUCUUGAAAUACAUGCUGCUUAGUCAUAAUGAAAGAGUAACGUGCUUGGAUUAUUUUAUCACAAUAUUGACUUAUGUAGAAAGCAUACUGGACUUUGCUGCUAUUAUUGUAGUUAGAUGCAUUGUUUAUUGACCUCAUUUUCAGAUUCUAAGCAUUUAUUUAUUACUUUAGAGACAAGAUAUCUUUGUGGAUAGACCUAUUUGUGGAAAGUAAUGAAAGUGCAUUAGAGAAUCAUUUAUGUGUAUUAUCGACCCACCCCCCCCCCAUCCUUGAAUUGACUUGCCACAGGACUCCAUCAGAGUGUAUGGAUUUUACCCCCCCCCCCCUUCCCAUGCAACUCUUUCUUACUUGAAGAUAUAUGCUUUUUGCUUUAUUUCCCACAAUACCAGCUAAAUAGGUCAGGCUAUUUGUGUGAAGUGCAUGUGUAUCUUGGCAGAUUUAAUCAAUUUUUAAACAACUUUGCGCAGUCACUUUUAGAUGGUGCCUUUCAAAUUUGGUAUCACAAACUUUGCUGAAAAUUUAUUGAUAUCAAUACAAGAUGAGAACUUUUUUGUUCUUCUUCAUUUUUUGGCAGUUUGAAAUCACCCUGCUAGUUAUUGGUCAGCUAUAUUGAGGAAGCAAGGUGUUUUUAGUUAUGUAUUGAUUCAUAGAAUGACACUAUGCUAGCAUUACAUGAUUUAUUUAAUUGUGGGAGAGGGGGGGGGGCAAUUAUCAAACCACAACCAUUAAACACACAUUUUGAAAGGGGACAGGUAUUUCUACAGGUAUAUUUAUCUCAUUGCAAUAAACCACACUAGUAUAAAAUGUAUUCUUUUUUUCCAAAGCAUAGAGAUCUUGUGAGAGUGUUCGUUUGAUACUGAAAUGCUCAUUUCAAUUCUUGGGGAGAACAUUCCUUUUGUAUAAAUUUCCCGAAUGAGAGUUUGUUCUUUUUGUUUUAUUUGGACAUUUCUUUUACUAUUUGAUUGAUAUCAUAUUGUACCGAAUAGUAUUCUUGUGCUAUUUUGUUGUGUUAUCAGCAAUUUUGCUGUCUUUUCGUAAACACUACCUAUUAGAAAUAAAAUACUAAGCGAUAAGGUUCAGUUUGGGCAAGUUUCCGCUUUUGAUACUUAUUUUAACAUACUGUUAGCCAUUAAUGGUGUGAUAUUCUCAUGUAAUUACAUGAUAAUGGAUUUAAAAUUGAGCUGAAUAAUUUUGAUGAUAAUUUACAUAACUUCAAAGGCACUUCCAUGUGGUGCAUCAUAAGACAGCGACAUGAAUUGAUAAAUUGUUUUACCGACUUGUUGGAUGCUUCAUAGGUGUUUUCAAGUUACGAGCGACUGGUCAUUUUCUUUGGAGCCAAAUCAAUGCCAAUGAAAAUUUGGUGCACAUAGUUAUCACAAGAAAAGACCAUCAGUCAUAAAUUUGCCUGUAACUUCGAAUAGCUUUAUGAAACACCCUUGUGCACUGCACCAAAUUUCUUUUUCACCCCAUAGUUGAACCUUGAAUGUAUGUAUUAUUGUAAUUUGUGAAGAUGUUAUCACAGUCUCACUUCUUCCUCAACCUAGUGUAAGAUAUUUUAUGAAGAAGAAAUGGAAGAAAAAACAUGGAAAGAGACUGUAUUGUGUCUUUGAUAAGUCCAUUUGUAAUGUUUUUGAUUUUGGAUGAAAUGUUUCUUUUAUGAUAUUUGUUGAUGAAGAUUAUAAAACCACUAUUGUUAUUGCCAAGCUGUUUGAUUGUAUUGAAUUUUCUAUUGUAAUAAAAUCCUCACUUAUCUUUGUGAAUGAUAAGAAAUUUACGCUGUGUAUCACAUAAGAUUCUCAUUGGAUAUAAAACUCUGUUGAAAAACUUA